GUCGUAUAAAAAGCCUUCUGGUUUGCCGAUUUUAGAGGGGGAAAAAAGGAGGAAGGUUUUAGAGUUGUGUAGUUCGAUGGGAGCGGAGGAUGAAUUGUUAUUUGACAAGUUGAUGGUCAGCGGCGGCGGCGGCGGCGGCGAGUGGAAGGACAUACCGGCGGAGUUGCUGGUGAGGAUUGUGUCACUGGUGGGUGAUGAUCGGACGGUUAUUGUUGCUUCUGGGGUUUGCUCUGGCUGGAGAGAUGCCCUCUCUUGGGGCCUCACCCAACUUUCCCUUUCUUGGUGCAACAAGGAGAUGAACAAUUUGGUGUUGUCAUUUGUGUGCAAGUUCACAAAGCUGAGGGUUCUUGUUCUGAGGCAAGCCUCCCCCCAGCUUGAGGACAAUGCGGUCGAGGCCAUCUCAAACCUUUGUCGCGAAUUGAGAGAAUUGGAUUUGAGGAAGAGCUUUAAGCUGACCGACCGCUCUCUCUAUGCUCUUGCCCAUGGCUGCCCAAACCUCUUGAGGCUAAACAUAAGCGGGUGCUCGGCUUUCACUGAUGCUGCCAUUGCGUACCUCUCUGAGCAUUUCACUAAGCUUCAAGUCUUAAAUAUGUGCGGUUGCGUUAAGGGUGCUACCGAUUUUGCCCUCAAGGCGAUCGGAUACAACUGCAAGAGGUUGAGGACGGUGAAUCUAGGGUGGUGCGACAAGGUUGGAGACGAAGGGGUGAUGAGCUUGGCAUAUGGCUGCCCUGAGCUAAGGGCACUUGACUUGUGUGGGUGCGUCCUAAUCACGGACGACAGUGUGAUUGCCCUGGCCAACAACUGCCCCCACCUCCGAUCCCUCGACCUCUACUUCUGCCAGAACAUAACUGACCGAGCCAUGUACUCUCUUGCCCGGAAGCACAAGAUAUGGCGGUCACCACCACCACCACCACCACCAUCAUCAUCAUCCAUGGAGGUGGAGGAGCAGAAGGAGGGGGAGGAGGAGGGGCUGAUGAAUCUGAACAUCAGCCAGUGCACCGCCCUCACGCCGCCAGCGGUCCAGGCGGUGUGCGACUCCUCCCCUGCCCUCCACACCUGCCCGGGACGCCAUUCCCUCAUCAUAAGCGGUUGCUUGAAUCUGACCUCCGUGCACUGCGCGUGUGCCGCACUGCACGCGCACCGACCCCACACUGCACUCCCUCCCACCUGUUGAACUAAUUGUUUCCAAACUCUACUGGUUCAUCCAUGUGUGUGUGUGUGAAUAAUAUAUGUUCUCUGUUAAGUGAGCUUUGGAUGAGGAGUUUUUAUGAUGUUGAAUCUUCUUCGUUGUCAUUGUUGCCAUGCCAGAACUUCUCUGGUUAUAUUGAAAAGAAAAAGGAACCGGGAAA